AUGGACUUCCCACAUGCGCAGCUUCAAGCUGGUUUGGCGGCAACCAUGUUCUCGCCAGACGUAGUGCCAUCGCUUUACGGCCAGUCCAGCAGUUCUAACAAAGGCUCUAUUCGAUACAGCACACCUACAAGCGUACGCCAUAAGCGCGGUACGAGAGAGGGCGCCGAAGAUGGCUCAGAGCAGCGCCGUGCCGUUCGCAAGCGCAGUACGAGGACGUUGGGCAGUUUCUUCAAGCGUGAAAAACGGCCUCGCAGUAGCAUCGAUAGCAGCAAUCUGCCUACAAUCCCGAGCUCCGAGAAAGUCGACAAGGACGCCAACGGCACGGCUGAGUGUCAUACGUCAGAGCAUGUCAACAUCGACAGUGCAGAGACACGUACUACGAGCGAGUCCAAUCACAAUGGCGAGUUUCUUUCGCUCCAACAAGCAAUUGAAACCGAACCCAUUGUAGACAGACGAGCAAGCCAGGAAACUCUUGGGAAGCUUCAAGCGCUUUCUCCCGAGGAAUUCGCUGCUUUUGCAAAGACGUACCUUGCCUCGGACGAUGCCAGCAGCACCUUUCACUACGAGGACGAAGAAGCAGCAGAAAGAAAAUGCAGUCCGCAACCCAGCACUCCCUGCCCUAGCCACGGACGAAACAGAUCCCUCCACGUCAACCUCACACGCGAGGACGUACAGCGCCUAACCGAAGAAAUCUACAACGAGACCAUAGCCGACGUGAACCUGUCCCUCUUCAGCUACUGGAUCAACGAGAGCGACGAAAACUACCAAGAAGCCAAACAACACAUCCGCGAACUGCGCUUAGAUCACGGCUACAACCUUUUGCGCAUCCGCAACCCGCACCUCCGCCAGCUAAUGCAAGAAGUCUUUACUCAGCGCCCAGUGUAUGCUAAACCCUCCACACAGCUUUCCCUCCGCAAAGUCCCCGGCAUCCCUAAGCUGCGCGACCCAGGCACAGACUGUGAACCUCGCAUUACCCUCGUCGAGAACCAGUCUCGCGCUGACACGGCCGCUCGCAUUGUCUCUGCCCCCACCCGUCUCCCCGUCGCAACCCCUCGCAUCGACUGCUUGCCCCCGGCUCUGCGUGCGGAGCGCCAGCGAGUCAUCACACAAGCCGAAUUGCGCUCUGUAUCCCUGAGUUCCAUGGCGUCGUCAUCGGUACGGGACUAUCCACCCAACACACCUGAUCGCCCCCUCCCGCUUUCUCCACGCACACCAAGCUCCACACUAGGCUCUCCCCCUCCCCGUCUUCCCUUUGGCUUUCCAUCUCCCGGCUCGCCCCUCCGCGCAUCCGACGACGACGACGACGACGACGGCGACGGCUUCUCGGCUCUGACGUCUUACGCAGGCUCUUUUGAGGAUCCUGCUGAUGGCGACUCUAUCUGGCAGGCCCAAGUCGCGGAUAUCUACGAGCGGGUUGUUGCGUUGGAGGGGCCGGAGCAGCUCGAUGGUGUUAUUGAAGAGUUGCAGGGUCUGAGGGCCAUGUAUGCUGCUAGACAUGUUUGA